AUGGUUCAAAAACGUAAAAAAGACAAACCUCAAAAUGAAGUGAUUGAUGACAUUCCCGAGGAGGAAAAACUUCGUUUAAUAGAAGCAACAGGACUAUUAAAUAACUUUAAAGAAGCAGAAAGAGAACGUAGUGGACAAAGUGAUGAAGACGAUCCAAAUAACUAUGGUUUUACUUUUCAAGCCUUUCUAUAUACUAUUCCGCUUUGUGCGGUUUAUAGUAUGAUGGACAUUUUAGUUCACAAACAAUAUAACGAAGAUGUUACAUUUAUUCCGUUUAGUACCAGAGUUAUAAAGAUUUCCCCAAGUUCAAUUCUUUGUGGUUGUCAUUUGAUUUGGGUUAUUAAUAAGGCAAAUUAUUAUGGAGUAAUGCGUCGAUGUCCUUCACUCGCUACCCUAUGGGUUUAUUUUGUUGUUCAACUUAGAUUAGUACCUGCUGCUUUAAGCUUAAAUGGUUUUAUAGAAUUAGUACCAAGAAAGGAUUUUUAA